AUGGUGAUGGCAUCCACACAGGCAUCUCCUCAUAUUAUCAAUCCAAAAUUAACUCCAAGUCGUGAUUCUAGUUCGUUUGGUGGUGGGUAUUUCAAUUUCGAUUCAAAUCAUCAACAUCAACAUCAUCAUCAUGGACAUGGGCAUGGUUCUUCUGGUGGUACUACUCCCAUUUCAUCUAAACCAAGAAUAUCUUCGUCUCCAUGCUCUGGAUUCAAUUUCAAUCUAAAUAAAAACAGUUUACCCGAAGUUAAAGUCACUAUGGCUAAUGAUGAUGAUAACAACAACACAACAACAACAAGAUCUUCAACAUCCCCUUUGAAAUCAGGUUUAAACACAAAUAGUACCACCACCACUAUCCCAUUAGAUUCAAUCAAAUCACCAACUUCUCCCAUCUCUGCUGCUACUUUUAAUAUUCCUCAUCGUUUCAAUCCGAACAAUUUAAAUUCAAAAUCAUUUGAUAUAACUUCAUUAAACAUUGGUGAAAUUAAUACAUUAAAUGAAUUCAAAGAUUUAACAAAAGAUGAUGAGUUUGAUUACUUAAUUAUUGAUACAAGACCUUUUAAUCAAUAUUCUAUUUCAAGAAUCUCUGGUGCUUUAAGUAUAUGUGUUCCUUCAACUUUACUGAAAAGAUCUUCAUUCCAUUUGGCUAAUGUUUUCAAAACUAUGACUACUGAACAACAACAAUUGAUUGAUUCAAAAUUAAAUAAUUCCCAAAAUUUAAAUAUUGUUUUUUAUGAUUCAAAUUCAAGUUCAAAACAAUGUUCAAUUCAUCUUUACCAAAUAUUAAAAAAAUUUGAAAAUGAUAUUAAAGAUUAUACUCAUUCCAAAAAAAUUGAAUUAUUAAUCCUGAAUAAAGGUUUUACAUCAUUUUUACAUCAAGAGGGAGUUUCUGAAACUGAUACUAUAUUUGAUUUUAAAAAAAUUACAUCAAAUUCAAAUGAUUCUUCAAAUUCAAAUUCAUUUGCAGAUUUUAUAUUACCUUCUGCAAAUCCAACUUCUUCAUUCUUAUUAUCAAUGAAAAAAAAUCAAUACACCGUGGAUACCACCAACAACAAUUCAUCAACUCAAUUGAAUAUCCCAAAUUUCCAAGAUAAUUCAUCAUUACCACAAUGGUUACAUAAAUAUCUAUCAAUAUCAAAUUCAGGUAAUUUAAUUACAAGAAAUUUUAACAAGAUUGAAAAUUCUGAAAAUGCAAGAAUUGAAUCUGUUGUAUCUCAAAAAAAUCAUUCCCCUUCAAUUUGUUCUCCAAGUUGUCUUUGUCCAAGUUGUGAUCAAUUAAAUUAUAAUUUAUUAGAUUGUUCUGAACAUGGUUUUAAAAAUCGUUAUCCAAAUAUCUUACCUUAUGAACAUUCAAGAGUUAAAUUAGUUCAAUCACCUUGUAUGUCCCCCGGAGCUAAUAAUCAAUUGAAUUCAAAUAGAUAUUUCCCAAAAGUUUCACCAUCAUCUCAACAUAAACUGCAUUUGACAUCGUCCAGUUCCUCAGAACCUGAUGAUUAUUUUAAUGCAAAUUUCAUUGAGGUCCCACAAAUUAAUAAAAAUUCACGUUAUAUUGCAACCCAGGCUCCAUUACCUUCCACAAUUGAUGAUUUUUGGAAAGUUGUUUGGUAUAAUAAUUCAGAAGUUAUUGUUUCAUUAACAAAUUUAAGUGAAUAUGGUAUUAAAAAAUCUGAUGUAUAUUGGAAAAAUUCAAAACAAGUUAAAUUACUGGAUGAAAUUGAAAAUUAUAAAGGUUUAAAAAAUUUAACUGUACGUAAAAUUCAACUGGAAAAGAGAAAUCAAAUUAAAAUUAUUACUCAAUUACAUUAUAAAGAUUGGCCUGAUCAUGGUGUUGCUGAUUAUAAUUGUUUAUUAAAAUUAUCAAGUAUUAAAGAUGAAUUCAUCCAAAAUAAAAAAUCUCCAAUUGUGGUUCAUUGUUCUGCUGGUUGUGGACGUACAGGAGUUUUCAUUACCAUAGAUUUAAUAAUCAAUGCAUUUAAACAAUAUCAAAAUUCCAAAAAGCAACAAUCAUUAUCACGUUCAUCAUCAUUAAAUAAGAAGAAACAUGUAUUGGAUGAUUUAAAUAAUGAUGAAGAAAUUAAUAUUUGGUCAACUGAAAAUGAUUUAAUUUAUUAUACUGUUCAACAAUUAAGAAAACAAAGAAUUUCAAUGGUUCAAAGUUUAAAACAGUUUAUUUUUUGUUAUGAAACUGUUUUACAAUUUUUUAAAUCAUUAGAAUCAUCAACAACAACUCAAUCACCUGCAUCAACAUCAUCAACAUCAUCAUAA